AUUCAGCUGCAACAGAUUAUUCCCCUGAUUGUCUGAAACUGAUUUUUUAUUGUCUUUUUCUUUUUAGACUAUAGCAUUUAAACAUUUUGCAUUGAUGAAGUGUCUUGUAGUAGCUGUGCUUGCUGUGUGCGCCCUCGUGCCAAGCGUCCGUUGUGCCUCAGACGCAAUUGCCUGGUGUUAUCAUCUGCCAACCUGCAAUGACACCACCUGGCCGAUCAUUGCUCCUAAAUAUUGCAAUGGCACCCGACAGUCGCCCAUUAACAUCGUCUCAGCAUCUGCCACAGCUAACUCCAACCUGACUGCAUUCACCUUCGUCAACUACAGCAGCACCUCCGCGCUCAAAAAGAUGGAGAACACCGGCAAGACAGUCAAAGUCGCCCUUGCAAGUGGUAUUAGGGUUUCAGGAGGAGAUCUGCCUGAGGCCUAUGACAGCCUGCAGUUCCACUUGCACUGGGGUAAUGGUGCCUCUGUCCCUGGCUCUGAGCACACUGUGGAUGGCAAGCGUUACCCCAUGGAGUUGCACAUUGUAAACAGCAAGUCAUCCUAUAAUGGAAACACAACUCAGGCUAUUGCUGACUCAGACGGACUUGCUGCUCUCGGUUUCUUCAUUGAGGUAAUGUCAGGAAAUGAAACUGGCCAACCCGCAAGCUGGAAAACUUUGACCUCCUAUCUGUCCAACAUCACAAACGGCGGUGAGUCUGUUUCAAUGGCACCUGGGAUUUCACUGGAUGAUCUCCUGGCUGGGGUGGAUCGCACCAGUUAUUACCGUUACCGUGGCUCCUUGACCACACCCGCUUGCAAUGAGGCUGUGGUUUGGACUGUCUUCAAGGAGUCAAUCAAAGUCAGCAAAGAUUUGAUUGACCUCUUCAGCACAACGGUACACGUCAGCAACAGCUCGUCGCCUCUUAUGGUCAAUGUCUUCAGAAACAUCCAGCCAGCGCAGCCAGUCACAACGCAGACUGAGCGCGCCACCAGCUCUGCCUCCAGAACCUGCUACUCUCUGGGGCUGAUGGCCAUGAGCUAUGUUCUAGGGAGACAUUAGUGCCAAAAAAGAGAUGAAGUUUUUUGUCAUGUCUCAACAAGUUAUUGUGUUGGAGAUCCUGUUCCCCUUCCUCAUAUGAUUUUGUCUGAAUAGUUAAUACAUAAAAGUAUGCACUGAACUACUUAUUCUAAGUGCUGUCAAUGUAAUAUGAUCAGUCUUUUCACAUCAAGCAAAUCUGAGCCUUAACACUGCAACCACUUGACUGUAGUGCAAUAUAUUAACAAUGGUAUCAUGAAAUAGUUAAAAGAACAUUAAAUGUAAGGAUGGCUGCAUCUGCUGUAAUGUGGUUCUCCAUCACAUACUGUAGUUUUCAUAGUAAUGAUGUUUGGUAAAGAACUGUUCAUCCUUAAAUUUUGAAUCUGUAUGUGCUGCACAUCAUGCAAACACAACUUCUGUUAAACAUGGUCUGCACGAAAAUUUAGACUUUUGUUGUGUAACACGAUCUAUUGCGGCACAAAUCAUGUCUGCUGCCAGAGCUAUAUUCAGGUGCCCGACAAAGGGAUAUACUUGCACUAAGUUUACUGAGUAGCUGUUGUAAUGGUUGUUUAGAAGUGAUCGAAUUAAUUAAUGAAAUCGGAGUGUGUCGUUAUUUAGUUGCAUUUUAAAUCUGCCUUAUACAUUGAGAGUUUAAAAUCAGUCUAUACCAAUAGUUGUUGCAGAAUAUGGUAGUUUUAUCUUUGUUCAUUUUUGUGUUUUUGAUUUUUGCCGUCGGCAGAUGAAAUGUAGCCAAAUUGCCAAAAUGAACACUCCAAUUGAAACCCAUGCUGCCUCUUUCAGUUGGUGUAAUGAAGGACUGAGGUUACAGUACAAUGAACACCAUUAUUUAUCACUAUUGCAUACACUACCUUUUAAACCUGUGUUGAACUACUUGCACAUGUAACAAAACUGACCUCUUAUUAAAUAUUUCUAAAUUAAAAAUGAUCUGAUGUCAGUCA